AAGUUGCCUCAAUGGCUGCUGUAGCAGGAGAUGGAGGGACCAGCCCUUUGAUAACGGAGGCAUCACAUUUAAUGAAAGAUUUCAUGCCAUUAAUGUAGCUCCUGUUCCCAUUGCAUGCCACAAAAAAACAAAAAGGCAAGAUGUUUUGGCAUCCAAAGAGGCCCAUCAAUACAAUUGGAUGCAUGUCUCUAUCAAUCUCAGUACUCAUAAAUAUUGGACCACUAGUUCACUGUUUUCUGUCUCAUAGUAGUAAGUACAGACCAUAGAAGUAACUAUAUCACCAAACUAAAUAGCUAAAAUAGAACCUAACCAAGAAACUCAUGUCUUCCACCCAAAGAUAAAAGCGAUACCAAACAGUCCCUAAGAUUUCAAUUUCAUCUUGCUGUAGGGAAAUGGCAAUCGAUGAAAGGGUCUCAUAAAGACAGUAAACUCCCAGUUUGUGGAUUUUCAAACUAUGGGAUAGAUGCAAUGAAAGGUUCAACACAAUUUAGGGUUUUGUGUAGGAUAGGGUCCCAUCCCCCUUUGGAAAUAAUUCUAACUUCAAGCCCUGAAAAUAACUAAAGAUAAGAUCCCAGAUGCACCAGCCAGAGCUUCUUGUUUCUUGGCCAACUAGAGCCUUAGAUUGUAAAUGUAAACCUGCAGAGGGUAGGACUGACUUCUAACGAGAUGGCUUCUCAUGGUCUAGUUUUAGACAUGAAUGUACUGGAGUAAACGAAAAAGAUUAUUUCUCUGGUUUACCUGAUGCCCUCAUCUAAGAGGGCUAAGACUUUCUAAGGAACUCAUUCUCUCUGCAUUUUAUGCCAUUACUGAAAACAUACCUCCCCACCAUCUCAAGGACUUGACUUGAAGAUCUCUAAGUUAGAAGUUUUGUAAUUAAACUAUUCUGCAGUAUAGAAUCUUUUCAUUACCUAGAGAUCAGAUUGAUUCUAUGGUAACUAAAUUAUAUGCUGUAAAAAUGGUAGAUUGUUAGUGUAUUCUAGAAAUUUGAUUUGAAAAGAGAAUAUACUAUACAGUAAUUC